UUUGCUAGGGAGAGUCAGUAACAGCAUACCCAUUUCAAAAAUGACGCGCAAGAAGCAUCAACCAACACCUGGCAGGCUAAGCAGUAACACAAGCGGUAACAUGGCCCCUAACACGGCUAGGCGCACGAGCGCAGACGAGUUGAGAGACAAAAUUGGAUACACAUUACUAGCUGUGAGCGUCGGCCUUCUUGGCGUCAACUACUUGCUGCCGAAAGACAGAGACGAUUCCGAUUCUGACAAUCAACGGUUGUAUGGCAGCAUCGCCGUGUUUUGGUGCAUGGUGGUAUACGGCGUCAUCAAGAACCUCAUUUGGGGCAAGCAGUCCGGAAGUCCUGCUGCCGCGAGCACCGGCGCUAGCGGCGGCGCCACCACCAUCACCAGCGCUGCUCCUGCUGCUGCUGCCUUGACACCGCCAGAUGCGUCCAACGACUCCACCAGCACCGCCAACACCGGUGCCAGCCGACGCACCCGGAGAGCCUAGGACGCACGGGAGGCUGCCAUGCUCCCUGGGCCUCGCUCUGAGGCUUAGUCAAGCACCCGCCCACACAGUUAGGGCGAGCUUGUUGGGGGCGGACUGCCUUAUCCCCGUCCAAGUCAUGCUAGGCUUGGGACGGGGGCGGGGAAAGGGGUUAUGGGUGGCAGGAGGGCAGCAACAGGUGUAUUGUGGGUCGUACGGGGGCACAUUGGGGGCCGCCUUGGAGCCUGUCGGGGCGUUGGAGUUAGUUGCGAGACGUGUGGUUAGUUGCGGAGGCAGAGGUGUAUCGGAGGAAUGCGCUGCCAUGUUAAUUUGAUGCACGCGAGUCCCCACAAGGAAGGGACACGACUAGCCCGCCGUUGUAACUAGAGGGCACAGGUGCCAGCGCAAGGGAUCAUCGUGCUGUAUGUAUGCACGGUUGUUUCCAAAUACCGAUACACUACGAAACAAUACAAAGGUCAGCCACCUUGCUUCAUG